AGAGGGGGAGAAAAGAAAGAGAGGAGGAAAGACAAGGGACUGGGCUUUGAGAGAGGAAAACACAACGGAGAAAGACGACUGAGAAAGACAAUAUUGAUAUCUUAAAAAGUGCCAGACGUAGAGAAAGAGAUAUAUACAUAUAUAUAUAUAUAUAUGUAUAUAUAUAUAGAGAGAGACAGAAUAGAAGUAUCCUGGCAGCUAUCCAGGCCUCAGCCCAAAGCCAGGUCCUGCUGUCGCUUCUUGUCUGUCCAGAACAUGGUGCUGUUCCCACUCUGCAAACUGCUCUCAGGGUCAGUCAGAGUGACCAAGAAGCAGCUGGUCCUGUACUGUCUGCUCCUAUCUCUGCUCGUAUACUUUUUAAGAUGGAGGAGAGCAGUGCUCAAGGUGGACACGCACCCUCUUCCUCUUUCUCUGGAGGCGGAAUCAGGAAGUGUGGUCAGAGACAUAGUGGUGGGCAGUGUGGAGGAACAGCAACAGCGCCUCCCGCUGGAGACAUCCUGGGGCGCUCCUCUGGUGUGGGGCGACUCUGACAGCUCAGCGUGGCGGAGGGCCGAGUUUGCCCACCGCAGCGUCCGCACAGGCCUGCUGACGCUCGCCGUGGGGCCCUACGCCCACUUCCUACGCCGCUUCCUCUCCUCGGCCGAGCUCUACUUCCUGCCCGGUAACACCGUGGUCUACUACGUCCUUACGGACAGCCCUCGCGCCCUGGAUCCCCCGACCCCGCUGGGCCCUGGCAGAGAGCUGAGGGUGGUCCCUGUGGCAGAGAUGCCCGGCUGGGAGCGUCUGGCCCAGGGCCGCAUGGCCCUGCUGGCGGCUGCCAUUAAAGAGCCGGUUAGGCACGAGGUGGAGUACGUCUUCUGCAUGGACGUGGACCAGGAGCUGGUGGCCCCGGUGGGAACUGAGAUCCUGGGGGAGCUGGUGGCCGCGCUGCACCCGGAGCUCUACGGCAUGCCCCGCCACAACUUCCCGUACGAGCACGAGCCCGACUCGCUGGCCCACGUGGAGGAGGACGAGGGCGACUACUACUACACGUCGGAGCUGUACGGGGGUCUGUGCGCUGAUGUGUACGCCAUGGCCCAGGCCUGCUCCCAGCUCAUCCUCCAGGACCAAGAAAAGGGGCUGAGGGCUCGUGGACUGGAGGAGAGCUACCUCAACCGCUACCUGAUCAACCGCAGGCCCACCUGUGUCCUCUCGCCCGAGUACAGCUGGUGGGACUCAGCCCUGGCCGCCGACGUGCCCACAAGAAGGGUGGUGUCCCUGGGGAGGCAGUGUGACUCCCUGGAGCCACAAAAGAGACGGGAGCAGGACUGCUGAGAGGGUUAUUACUUUGCUUUGUCAUAGAAUUAGAACGACCAUAAAAUUAAAGACAAAUUCAAAAAGCAAUUUUAAGGCAAACACAAGGAUCCCUUGGAAUCUGUUGAUGUGUCAGUAAAUAAACUAAUGGCAGCAGACCCAUUGGAGUGAAUACUGUGUGUGUGUGUGUGUGUGUGUGUGUGUGU